UGACGUCAGCCGCGCCGGAAGUCCCGGUCCUGGCCUGUGUUGUGCUGUGGGGGACAGAAAGGAGCCGCGAUUCCCGGGGCCGCCCGAGCUACCGCGACUAGGGGCGAAGCCAUGUCUGAUCAGGAAGCAAAACCUUCUGCUGAGGAGUUGGGGGAUAAGAAAGAGGGAGAAUAUAUUAAACUCAAAGUCAUUGGACAGGACAGCAGUGAAAUUCACUUCAAGGUGAAAAUGACGACGCAUCUCAAGAAACUCAAAGAAUCGUACUGUCAAAGACAGGGAGUUCCAAUGAAUUCACUCAGGUUCCUCUUUGAGGGUCAGAGAAUUACCGAUAAUCAUACCCCCAAAGAGCUGGGGAUGGAGGAGGAAGAUGUGAUUGAAGUCUAUCAGGAACAGACAGGAGGUCAUUCAGCAGUUUAGAUCCUUCUGUUUUGUUUUUUCUUUCCCCUUAAUCCUUUUUUAUUUUUAAAUAAUAGUUCUUUUGUAAUGUGGUGUUCAACACUGAAUUGAAACUGGCAUCCCAUCUCUGGGAGUUUAUUUGCAAAGUCUGGUAUUUUGAAUUCUCGUGCUCAUUAUACACUAUCAUUUCUGUUUCUCAUUGUGUUGAACUCUUGUGAUCCGGCUGCAGCCCUGCCUCCUCCCCCCCACCCCCAAUCUGCCCACCCUUUUAAAAAUAUGCAUACACACAUGCAUUUGUAUAUUCACUGGGAGCGUGCGUUUUGGGCACGAUGGUUGUAACAUCUACCAGAUGUGCAAGUGUUCUUAAUGACUUCUGUAUCGGCCCUGAAGUUUUGAUAUGUGACUGUUUCACUCCUGGACUAUAACUUUCAGUGGGAGAUGAAGUUUUUCAGAAAAUCAAAUGGCGAAGAAAUUGUUUCCAUAAUUCAGCACUGUUUUCCUUAAAUUGUGCUGAUGGCCCAGGAAAGAAGACUGUUCAGUUGGAAAUGGAAAAGUAAGAACUGGUGUCAUCUACCUUAUUCCAGAGAUGGCUUCACUGAAGACAAAAUUGAAAAUCCUUAAUGUUGACAGAGGAGCCCAAGAAAGUUCUAACUUCCAUAUAGCAACUAAUACACAGGCAUUCAUGCAAGAAUGUACACAGCAGACAACUGGUAUUAUUUUAGAUGCUUGUGUUUGUACCUUUUGGCCUGGGACAUGGGUUUUGAAUGGACAUUGUCUGUACCAGCUUCAUUAAAAUAAACAAGAAAAAACAAUUUUAUAAACAGCAACAAUUUGCAUUUUCUUUUCAAAUAUUUGGAGAUGAGAGAGCAAGAGACUAAGUGGAAAACAAUAAAAAGUGGAACAUGGCUGUCUAGUAAAUGAGAUCAGAACCAGAAAAUAAUACAACCAGAAAAAUUUACCCUGUAAACUAAUAUUCUUUUGUUCCCUGCUCUCUCCAAGUAUUAACUUCUCACUAAUUGUUUUAAACAGUAAUCAGCAUUCCUUUUUCUUGAAACUAACUGUUUCUAUACUGCUCUGAUGUUAAAAACAUAUGUAAAUAUACACACUGCAGCUUCAUGUUAAAUUUUAAAGUUUAGAGGUUAGCUUGUAUCCUGUAACUUGGGAAGGGACUAUUAAACACAUCAUUAAUAUCUUACCUCUAGGUCAUUGCAUCUCCUGGCACAAGUCAGUAGUGUCCUAAAUUAAUUACUGUCAGAUGAGUGAAUGUCUCAUCUAAAAUGAGAUGUGAGCUUACUGCAGUUUCUAACCAGGUAUUCAUCUUUGAAGAGGUACCACCAUAGUGGUUACUCCUAUUGGUACUCUCAACAGCUAGACACAAUCAUGACGAGGCAUAGCCUGAACUGACCCGUAUCAGAAUGGGUCCUAAAAUUCAGGAAGGUGGGUUGGCUUGACAGUGCAGGAAAAAAGUGCACUGCUGUGCUUCUGCUUAGUAUAUCCCACAAAUAAAUGGGACUUAUUUAGUUUAAAAAACAAACGUAUUAAUAGAAUUCUAAACUCACUUUAAAACAUGUAUUUUAGCAGUGGUAAUACUCAUAUAUUAGAAGUGGGUUUUGAAUCAAGUUUCUUACAGUGCUCAUUGUAAAAUUAUAAAUGGACUUCCUUUCAUGCUUGUGGUUUCAGUGUCCCAUUUCUUAUCUAGUAUUACACUUCUUUUGUACACAUAGUCGCACUAAAUCAUUUUUUUAAAAAUUAAAAUUUUUGUUUACAAAA